UCUCCCUUCUUCACGCCGCUGCACGCGUGUAGCCCUCAGCGGCGUUGGUCAGUUGGUGACCCCAUUGCUUGCGUGCAUUUCCUAAAGCUGUUUGAGGAGCACGAGGCGCUGCUGAACUUCUUCGAGAAGUUUCGCGAGCUGCGCACCAAGGACGAGCAGGCGGAGAGCCUGGAGUUGGCCGAGCACGCGGCGAUGGUGAUGGCCACCCUGGACGAGAGCAUCCGCGCCCUGGAGGACAUGGACGCCUUCUUCGUGCUCCUGCAUCAGGCUGGUGCUGCUCACACCAAGGUGCCUGGCUUCAAGACCGAGUUCUUCUGGAAAAUCAAGAACCCGUUCUUGGAGGCCGUCAAAGUAACUCUUGGGGACGCCUACACGGACAAUAUGGACAGCAUUUACAGAAUCACCAUCGACUUCGUGCUGAGCACGCUGGUAGAGGGAUUCGAGAAGGCAGAGAGUGCGGCGAACUCCUGAGCAGCGAACCCGUGAGAUGUGUAACGCUCAGUCCCAGCCGUCGGCUCUCCUGGCCGGCGCCCGGUGACCUUCGGGGUCACGUGACCGCAGCUGGCCAAUCGAGUGCGUGUUCAGUGACGUCAGACGGUCAACGCCGGCCGUCUGUUCGCGCCGAGGCCCGCACGUGGCGGGCAGCGGGACGGUGCGCGGCCACCGGCGGAUGUACACGGUGAUUAGCGAGGUGGCAUGCCGUGCGAGCGUGCGCGGGCCAGCGCCCUCUUCCUAGGAGAUAACAGCGUUUAUUGCGGUCUGCGUGUGCUACCCGCGAGCCGUGUAUUGUGGUCUGCGUGUGUCAUUCUCGAGUCGUUUCCAUGGCAGCAGAUUGUCACCGCGGAACACCGGUCCAUCGGGCUUCGCCGCUGGAGGCGGAGCGGGACCAUGAGAGGCGCUGUGAUGCGUGACACCCAACCUCAGACAGGGAUGAGGGAUCCAGGAAAGCUUCCGAGGAUCGCCCACUUCUGACGCGGGAGCGAAUCUUUUAUAGACUGUUCGCAUUGGCAUGUUUGUUCCGCUUUUGGCGCGCGCUGGUGUCGGGCGCCCGUUCAUUGGACAAGGACGACCGAGCCAUAACCGCACGUCUGUUUACGCCAUAUUUCUUUUUGAAAACGCCGUAUUUGUCGUCACGUAUCGUCACUGCUCGCAGGAUAUGCUUUCCUGUAUCCUAUCUGGUCACGUAGGGCAUUCUUCUAGAGGAGUUUUGGUUGCCGGUUUAAAUGCUUAGCGGUAAUUUAUUCUUAUAUUUGUGGUACUGUGGUUCUGAAGUCGAGGGUAGCUUCUUGGAAACCUUGCUGCAUAGCCGCUUACCCAUUUGAGAUUAUGCAAGCG